UGAGGAGUGACUGGGGGUGUGUCCGCAGGAGGAGGUCCGGGUGAAGAUCAAAGACCUGAAUGAACACAUCGUCUGCUGCCUGUGUGCCGGCUACUUCGUGGAUGCCACCACCAUCACAGAGUGUCUCCACACCUUCUGCAAAAGUUGUAUUGUGAAGUACCUGCAGACCAGCAAGUACUGCCCCAUGUGCAACAUCAAGAUCCACAAGACGCAGCCGCUGCUCAACCUCAAGCUGGAUCGGGUCAUGCAGGACAUAGUCUAUAAACUGGUACCAGGCUUGCAAGACAGUGAAGAGAAACAGAUUCGGGAAUUCUAUCAGUCCCGAGGCUUGGACAGAGUCACCCAGCCCAGUGGGGAAGAGCCAGCCCUGAGCAACCUUGGCCUCCCUUUCAGCAGUUUUGACCACUCUAAAGCCCACUAUUACCGCUAUGACGAACAGCUGAGCCUAUGCCUGGAGCGGCUGAGUUCUGGCAAAGACAAGAAUAAAAACGUCCUUCAGAACAAAUACGUCCGAUGCUCUGUUAGAGCUGAGGUACGCCAUCUCCGAAGGGUUCUGUGUCACCGCCUAAUGCUAAAUCCACAACAUGUACAGCUCCUUUUUGACAAUGAGGUUCUCCCUGAUCACAUGACAAUGAAGCAGCUGUGGCUGUCCCGCUGGUUUGGCAAGCCAUCUCCUUUGCUUUUACAAUACAGUGUGAAAGAGAAGAGGAGGUAGGGGCCAGACUUGCUUCCACCCCCUCCCACCCCUCCCAGAUAUUUAUGUGAAAUUAACUGUGGCUUUAUUUUUUGAAAUAAAAGCUUUGAAAAAGCA